AUAUGAAGUGUCAACAUGAAGAAUGUCACUGAAGUUACUAUAUUUGUACUGAAGGGCUUCACAGACAAGCUUGAACUGCAAACCAUCUUAUUCUGCCUGUUUCUGACAAUUUACCUGUUUACUCUGAUGGGAAAUUUGGGACUGGUUGUAUUGGUCAUUGGGGAUUCCCGGCUCCACAACCCUAUGUACUAUUUUCUGAGUGUGUUAUCAUCCUUGGAUGCCUGCUAUUCCUCAGUUGUGACCCCAAAAAUGUUGGUAAAUUUCCUAUUGGAAAAUAAAGCCAUUUCAUUUCUUGGAUGUGCAGCCCAGAUGUUUCUCUUUAUUACUUUUGGGACUACAGAAUGCUUUCUCUUGGCUGCAAUGGCAUAUGAUCGCUAUGUAGCAAUCUACAACCCUCUGCUGUAUUCAGUUAACAUGUCACCCAGAGUUUAUGUGCCACUCAUUAUUGCUUCCUAUCUUUGUGGCAUUUUGAAUGCUUCAGUGCACACAGGGGCUGCAUUUAGCCUAAGCUUCUGUGCAUCUAAUGAAAUUAAACAUGUCUUCUGUGACGUCCCUCCUGUCCUCGCCAUUUCUUGUUCUGACACGCACACAAACCAGCUUCUAGUCUCCUACUUUACAGGCGUUAUUGAGACAGUCACUAUUCUGGUUGUGCUGGUCUCCUACGGUUUCAUUCUCUUGGCCAUUCUGAGGAUGCAUUCUCCUGAAGGGAGACGAAAAGUCUUUUCUACAUGUGGUUCUCACCUAACUGGAGUGUCAAUUUACUAUGGAACAAUCUUCUGCAUGUAUGUGAGACCAAGUUCCAGCUACUCUUUGGACCAUGACAUGAUAGUGUCAACAUUUUACAGCAUUGUGAUUCCCAUGCUGAAUCCCAUCAUCUACAGCUUAAGGAACAAAGAUGUAAAAGAGGCAAUGAUUAGAUUGAUUGGUAAAAUUGAGGGUAUCAAUAAAAUAUAUUUUGCACACUAA